AAAUUUUGGAAUUGGGAGGAAUGUAUGGACUAUUCGUGUUUGUGUCCUAAUUUUUUGGUUACUGGCACGUGUCAAGGCUUGAUGAUUUUUGUAGAGAUGCUUCGGCAGUAUAAAAGUAAUAAUUUUUUAUUACAUAAAAGCGCAUACAAUAUUUCGAUACUAGCGGAUGAUAAUCAAGAGUCAAAAGUACCUUACUUUGGACUCAAAUAUUAA